AUGUUUGGCAGUACCCGGCGGAAGAGCACCACGUUGGUGUCGAACCGCUCUUGGUUUCGUCGGACAGCCGUGCUGUGCUCUGGAGACCAUGCCCAUGAGUCAUGGGGUCAGGUCACACAUGAAGGGAAGCGUGUUUGGUCGACCUCUCUUGAGAGUGCUUACACGCCCCAGCUUGCCAAAGCGUGGGCGUCCUGCGCAGGGGCGGCUGUGAAGGACGUCCUGGAAAAAGCCCCCGUGGGGCGGAAACGUGCUUUCAAGGCGCUGUGCGAGCCGGACUUCGCUGUCAAGGUCACCCUAACGGGCGACGAUGCCGCACGCUUCUUCAGCUUUUUCCCGCCCUGCAAGAUUCCGCGCCACUGGGACCACUGGCCGAAAGGGUCGAAGCUCCUGGAGAUCGACCGCGAGGGCGCCAACCCGCGUAGGGCGCGCUGUGUCCUCCCUCCCGAGAUGCUCGUAGCUCUCGCAGCCGAUGCCGCAGAGGACACCAUUAAGCUUGCGAAGUCGCGUACGGAAGCGUCCCGUGACCUCCUUCGAGUUUGUAAGGGUUCCGUGAGCCGGGAGGCGGCCCUCCGUGAAGGUCUCGACCCCGAAGUCAACCACGUCACUUCCAGUAAGAUGUCUGUAGCUCUGGAACUCUUGUUGCGCGAAGUGGGUCACGUCGACCCAGACGUCGCAGAGUCGGUCAGGGUAGGCUUCCCCCUGGAUGCCGACGUUCGGCCCCCUGAACUUACGGCCCCCGCUCUCCAACGAAUGUCCGAAGAAAUUUCUCAGCGGUGCGUCACAGGUCUCUGCCGGUACCGUGACCGAGCGACUGAGCGUGCUGUCUGGGCCGUGACCCGAGAAGAACAGGCCAGUGGGUGGCUGUCUUUCUGCAGCCGCGAAGACCUUUCCGCUCUGGCGGUAGUUUCUCCCAGGUUUGGAGUCUUCCAGAAAAAUAAAGUGAGGCCUAUCGACAACUUUAAAGCCAGCCUGGUCAACUCAGCCUGUGGUGUGCAGGAGAAGGUUCAGAUGGACGGGAUUGACGAGAAGGCCUGUCUUUCCUGGCUUCGUUUUCGUCUGCCGGGGAGCCCCCCUGAGCGCAUCCUCGGUCGUACCUGGGAUCUGAAGAGCGCUUAUAAGCAGCUCGCCGUGCGAGCCGAUCACAAGCACUUCGCCAUCAUUUGCGUCAUGGACCCUGAGGCAGACGUUGUCCAAUACUGCCGCUUGCACAGCCUGCCCUUUGGGGCAGUUGCAGCCGUGCAUGCUUUCCUGCGGAACAAGUUUUUCAUAGCUAUGACCUCUUUUUUCGACGACUUCACGGUGCUGACGUCUGCAGCAAACGCGGCCCACGUUGAGGUCGUUGUCUCCUCAAUGUUCAAGAAACUGGGCUGGCGCGUAGCCACGGAGGAGAAGAAGAAUCGCCCCUUUUCCGAGGUUUUCGAUGUUCUCGGCGUCCGAGUGGACCUGUCCCAGCAGUCCGUGGGUGUGGUACAGGUCAGCAACACGCCACAGCGCGUCGCUGAGCUUAAGGACACAGUAGCGGCGAUUAAACAGAAGGGUUCACUUACGUUUGAAGAAGCGCAGCGUCUGCGUGGGCGUCUGGUGUUCGCGGAACAACACGUCUGGGGCCGUAACGCCAAACAGGCCGUGGUGGCUGUCGGGGACGUUUCCCCGGCCUCCGAAGCCUCGCAUCCUUUGAGUGACGUCCAGCAAGCAGCUUUGGACUUCAUUGAGCAACGCGUCCUGGAUGGGCGCCCCCGGUCGUUCUCUGUUAAACCAUCCAGAACGUUCCACCUUUGGCUGGACGGGGCAUGUGAGUGGGAUGUGUCAAACUCAGUGCCCACGUGUGGCUUUGGGGGUGUCCUCUGGCUGGAUGGCGUGCCUUUAGCCUGGGGAGACACCCUGGACCCCGCCGCGGCGCAAGAAUGGGCAAGCCGCGUCGGUAAGAAGCAGUUAGUUUUCGAGUGCGAGUUGUUGCCCUACUUCAUAUCGCUGCAGCUGUGGGGACGUUUCCUCCGAAACAGUGACCUUCUCGUUUUCAUCGACAACGAUGCCGCUAGAGCGUCCCUAGCCCGCAGUUUCACACGGAAAGAAGAGGGCGCAGCGAUAGUGUUUCAGGCUGUGGAAGCGGAGGAGCGUCUCAGCAUCGACGCUUGUUUCUUGAGGGUGCCCACCUCUAGCAACAUCGCAGACGGGCCAAGUCGCGGGGUUUUCGACACGAUCCUCCGUCUUGGGGGUCGUAGGGUCCCCCUGCCGUGCGGGGCGAUACGCAGUGCGUUGGGCCUCUCAGGAGCUGUCUAA